AUGGCAUGUUCCUUGAAGAGUGUUCUAUGUGUUUAUGAAUUGAAUGAGAGUUUUCCUGGUUCUAAAACCAAAGGGGUGUUGGGGCUUUGUGCCUCAAGACCUGGCAUAGCAAAGUCAAGGUUUUGUUCUGUUUUGAGUACUGAUUUCAUAGGAAAACCCAUUGCUCUUCCAGAUGUAAAAGGCUCAGGGUAUUGCAGUUUGAAAUCCAGCAAUGUAAGUGAAGCACAAGCAAAAGCAACAAUUUGCGUUAGUAGAGCUUUGAAGUGGUGGAAGAAGAACCUAAAGCCUAAUAUGAUUGAGAUCCAUUCAGCCCAAGAACUGGUCCAUUCUUUGCUCAAAGCUGGUGAUGCAUUGGUUGUAGUGGACUUCUAUUCACCUGGCUGUGGAGGCUGCAAAGCCCUUCAUCCCAAGAUCUGUCAAAUAGCGAAAUUGUACCCAAAUACAAUAUUUCUGAAAGUCAAUUACGAGGAGAUGAAAACCAUGUGUCACAGUCUGCACAUUCAUGUGUUACCAUUCUUCAGGUUCUAUAGAGGUGCUGAGGGUCGAGUUUGUAGCUUCAGCUGUACCAAUGCAACUAUUAAGAAAUUUAAGGACGCUUUAACAAAGCAUGGGAAUGAACGCUGUAGUUUAGGCUCAGCAAAAGGCUUGGAUGAAUCUGAGUUGAGAAUUUUGGCUUCCAUUGGUGAAAUAUCAGUUAAUUCUCCGUUACUAUAUCCCAAGGAAGGCAAAUCAGAGGAUUUGGUUCUAGAAAGCAAUGAUUUUUCUGGUGUUUGGAGCCUGGCAAUUAAUAAUAGCAGGGGUCUUAUGCAGGACCUUAUAUAGUGAUAGUUUAAACUAGCAAGU